AUGGACUCGUCUCCGCCGCGUGCUGCUGCUGCGGGCAACGAAGCCGCGUUGCCAUCCUCCUCGUCCAUGUCUGCUUCGGCUCGCCCCUCAACUUCAACCACCACGGCUGGCACAAAGCGACCUGCACCGUCACUUCUGCCUGCCUUCGAGCCCCUCUCGUCAUCUCCGGCACUUCCUCGUCCAUUGAAACGCCAGCACACAGCAAGUGCAAAUCUCAAGUAUCCCACGCCUGUGCCCACCUCCAGCACGGGCAUCUUGUCCAGCUCGCCGCCUCGUCGGCCUGCCUUGGCCCGCGCCACUUCCGAACGCGCACCUCUGUCGGCCGUGCCGGCUGUUGAGCUUCCUGAGAAUGGAGAAACCGUAGGCAUGGGUCGGUCGUCUAAUUCCUCGCAGUUCCAACUCUCUGCCAACCGUCUGGUGUCGCGUGUCCACGUCAAGGCGCGUUAUAUCCCGGCCCCAAGCCCUCUGGAAAGCAACAAGAUUGAGAUUGUCUGCAACGGGUGGAACGGCUUGAAGCUGCAUUGCCAGGGACGAACCUGGGAGCUCUUCAAGGGUGACAGCUUCACCAGCGAGACCGAGGGUACAGACCUCAUUGUGGAUGUGUUGGAUGCUCGUGUAAUGAUUCAGUGGCCCAAAGGUAGUGCCGUUGCUGCUGAGAGCCUGGCAAACCUGUCCGACUCCAGCUGGGAUGAUUCCCCUCCGCGAUCACACAUGAGAGGAGCCUCGUUGCUGCAGUCGUCUCCCCUGCGACGGACUACACGCGUCACGUCGCCUGAGAGCCCGACGCCCAUGGGCAGCCUGUCAAGCUCCCAGCGGCUCCAGGCCAUUCUUCCAGGUACUGCUAUCCGGGAUGAGGGCAUCCAGAUUUACGAGGAUGAGCCGGAGCUGCCCGAACCCAAGGGUGAUGAUGAUGCCAUUGAUGUCGCUGCCAGUAUGCGGACCGAUGCCACUGCCAGCUUCUCCAGCGAGCUGAGUGACCCUGAGGAUGAGAAUGACCCUGAUGAGGAAAACGACCCCAUUGUUCACUCGUUUGGGCCCUUUGGCGCCAACAUUGCAGGGAGACUAGCUUCGAUAUCGACACGGUCUCCCAAGCAGCCCAAGCCACUUCAUCGACGUCCUCACAACGUCUCCUCCAGCGAGACGCUGAGCGCAGCGGUGACGCCGUCUGUUCCCUCAUCGCCCAUCAAGAAGCGAGUUGUUGGUCCCAAGCUCGCAUGCACGACGACGACGACGACAACCUCGACUUCGGGCAACGACACGCAUGAUAUCCCAUCAUCACCGCCCGUUGCACCUCGUGUCCCCAAAGAGCACACUCCCACCCCGUCCAUCGAGGUUGACCCUGCCGUCACAAACCAUGUUGUGAACCAGCUGGCCUUUUCUCGUCUUUCAUCAACGCCCCUGUCUACAAUUAUGCAAAACCUGCCUGCUGAUCAUAAGACCGGCCUGACAAAAGACAUUCUCCGCUCCAGCAUUGAAGCCACGCGCUGCAUCGGCAUAAUCAAGCGUCAAGGCAAAGACGCUGCGGGAAAAGCGCUCGAAAGUGAAUAUUACUAUGUGCCGGAACAAGAUGACGAUGAGCAGCGCCGCGCAGCCGUCGUCGAUGGUCUCCGAAAGCCCAGUCUCCGCAACUGCAGAAAGCAGCACAAGCAAUAUUAUUGGAAGCGUCCCAAGACACCGUAA